CAGAGGGCGCUAACAUGCUGCAGUUCAUAGGAAACAAAGAGAAGGGGAUCAACUCUAAAAGUUGUUCUUGACUUUUAUUUUCAGUGGCAGAGCUUGUGAGGGCUGGACAUUGAUGUCUGCUGAAAAAUAUGGAAUUUUGGUUCAAAAGGGAUUUUUUUUCCUAUCCUGGUUCAGAAAAGGAUCUGGGAAGUAAGUCUGCUUCCAACUGGUGACUUUAAGUAACUUCUUUUUGGUUUGAGAGAUUGGGUUUUCUAGCCCUUGAAUCUCUCCUUUGGACUCACUCCAGUUAGCCUGCUAUUUUUCUUGAAGUGUGUUGCCCCAAACUGGACACAAGACGUCAGCAGAAGCUUUACCAGGGACAGCUGGAGGGAGAGGACAUCUCGACUGGUCUCAGUGCUGUCAGAAAGAUGAAUUUCCUCCUGAGCUUCUCCUCCUCACUCUGAAUUGUCUCAAAAUAUUUGUUCCGAUUUCCAUGUGAUUUGGUAACUAACUCAUCUGUUCUCUGCCUCAACUUCCCUACAAGUCAAAAAAGAAAACUUUCAUAUAUAUUUUUCCUCUUAUUAGCUAUUUAGGAUUUUUGGAUGAGGGGCAAAUGCAAAGGUUUCAACGCAAGGGACUGCUGAACUGCAUGGAUGUCGAUUGUAUGGAUCAUGAGGGCUGGAUUGGAGGAUCCCUAGAUGUCCUCAGCCGCAGUGAGAGGCAGACCUCGGGAUCUUGCAAUAUAAGGUGUGGCUAUCAUAAGCUAAAAAAUAUGUCCAUCCGAGGCCUGAAGAAGAAACAACCGAAGACUUUUAAAGUCAAAAUCAUAACAGUGGAUGCUGAAAUGGAGUUCAGCUGUGAGAUGAAGUGGAAAGGAAAGGACUUGUUUGAUCUGGUGUGCCGAGCACUUGGUUUAAGGGAGACUUGGUUCUUUGGCUUGCAGUACACAAUAAAAGGAAUGUGCACCUGGUUAAAGAUGGACAAAAAGGUUUUAGAUCAAGAAAUCCCCAAAGAAGAUCCCAUUAGCUUUCAUUUUUUGGCUAAAUUCUACCCAGAGAAGGUAGAAGAGGAACUACUACAGGAGAUUACCCAGCACUUAUUCUUCCUUCAGGUUAAGAAACAGAUACUGGAUGAGGAAAUUUAUUGCUCUCCAGAGGCAACAGUUUUACUGGCUUCUUAUGCUGUUCAGGCCAAGUAUGGUGACUACGAUCCGAAUUUUCAUGAGCCAGGCUUUCUAGCCCAUGAUGAACUUUUACCCAAAAGGGUCCUCAGGCAGUAUCAGUUGACGGCAGAGAUGUGGGAAGAAAAGAUUACUGCUUGGUACGCUGAGCACAGGGGCAUUGCCAGGGAUGAAGCCGAGAUGAACUACCUGAAAAUUGCCCAAGAUUUGGAAAUGUAUGGUGUCAAUUACUUUCCCAUUGCUCAAAAUAAAAACCAUACAGAUCUCCUACUUGGAGUUGAUGCCAAAGGUAUUCAUAUCUACAGCAUUAAUAACAGGUUCUCUCCAAAUAAGUCAUUUGAGUGGAGCGCUAUCAGAAACAUUUCCUAUAGUGAGAAAGAGUUAACUAUUAAACCUCUUGACAAAAAAGCAGAAGUCUUCAAGUUCUUUUCCUCACAACUCAAAGUAAAUAAAUUGAUUUUGCAGUUGUGCAUUGGAAACCAUGAUCUAUUUAUGCGGAGAAGAAAAGUGGACUCAAUAGAGAUCCAGCAAAUGAAAGCACAGGCCAGGGAAGAAAAAGCUAGAAAAAAGAUGGAGAAUCAAAGGCUGGCCAGAGAGAAGCAGCUCCGAGAAGAAGCUGAGCGAGCCAAAGAAGAGCUGGAAAGGCGUCUUUUUCAGCUGGAAGAUGAAGCCAGGCAAGCCAAUGAAGCCCUGCUCCGAUCCCAGGAAGCAGCAGAGUUGCUGGCUGAGAAAGCUCAGAUUGCAGAAGAAGAGGCCAAAUUGCUGGCCCAGAAUGCUGCAGAAGCUGAGCAAGAACGACAGAGGCUGGAGAUUACAGCUCUGAAAACCAAGGAAGAGAAACGCCUGAUGGAGCAAAAGAUGAGGGAGGCAGAGCUGAUAGCAGUGAAGCUGGUGAAGGAAUCAGACCGGAGAGCCAAGGAAGCAGAACAUCUUAAACAAGACCUGCAUGAAGCCAGAGAGGCUGAACGGAAAGCAAAGCAGAAACUCUUAGACAUAACCAGGCUUAAUUAUCCUCACAUGGUGACCAAGUACCCGCAAUACUCACCAACUGACAUGAGAGAUGCCAACUUUGACAAAGGGUCCAUAAAGCUGGAUUUGAAAGACAUCGACCUCAAGAGACUGUCCUUUGAGAUAGAAAGAGAGAGGUUAGAUUACAUAGAAAAGAGCAAAAAAUUUGAAGAUCGAUUGAAAGAACUGAAGUCUGAAAUUCAUGCUUUGAAAUUAGAAGAAAAACAGUCUGGGCUUUACUGUCAUUGGAAUGAAGUGCUAGGAUCCUUGGAUCGCUCCUUAGGAAAUACCUCGUCACGGAUGAAAACCUUUGAAACUAGAGAUUCAUUGGAUAUAAAUCUUCAAAGACCUUUCCCUGCUUACUCGUUAAAUACUACAAGCAGCUGGCCUUGUACCAACAAAAUUCAACACACAGUGCCAGUGGAAAAGUCAUCAUUUCAAGCAAAUUCCUUGAUUGCCAACAGUGUGGGCACAGGAACCAGAAAACAGAUUAUAAAGGUUCAGCAGCAUGACUCGGAUGUGAUCUACAUUUGAAGCCUCUCAUUUCCUUACCGGACUGGUAGAACCUGGUGACAAUCUGUUUGGCUGCUGCAAAAUGCACCCAUACGAGGACAUUUGCACAGCUCCAUGUGCUGGCAGGCAUUCUCAUUAAAAAGUGGUUCUGUAGAUAGUAUGGUGCCAUUCAGCUUCCAAACAGGCAGCAUAAGCUGGAAGCACUAAAAUUGCCAGGGUAAAAUGGCUAAUGUCUUUGGGUAUAAUGGUAAACAAACCAACCUGGAGGAGCAUUGUGUUUACUUUUUAUGCACUUUUGAAGAAAUGCUUUGUACUUAACUAAACCCUCCUCCCCUAAGUGUUUUUACGUGCGGACUAUCAGUAUGGUACUGUACUUGUAUAGAAAGGAGGCUGGGCAACUAGUGUCCAGGGGGAGAUAUUUGGGAUGAGAAAAAAAAACCAUACAUGAGCCUGGUGCUUAUCCACAUAAUAGAUGAAUUUAGUUUUCAGUCCUGUCCGUGGGGUAUGACUCUCACAGAGCUGCUGAACAUUUUAGUGUUUGCCUGCCAAAUAUUUUCCUUUUUCUCCCCAAACAUUUUUCUGUUCACUUAAUUGAUUUGUGUUUCUCUGCGAGAAAUCUCAGCUUGUAUUUCCAGAUGUAGAGGUGGAUGUCUUCAAAUACCUCUCAUAUUCCUGGGGGAAUCCUUUGUUUGGAAUGCAAAGCUUCUGUUUCUCUCUACAGUUUGUCUAUAUCAAGUACUUUCUGUUGCUUGCUGCUCCAGCAAACUUUGCAUACAUUAACUUGUUUCCCAGUUCUGUGCAACGCAGCUCCCAGAUUAGACAAAGACAAAAGAUGCUAUUGGUGUCUGCUAAAGUUUGACUUGUUUCUGAUAGAGAGGUGCAUGCAAGAAAAUGUCUGCCUCAUUAGUGAAACCUACUCAUGUUUUCUGGUGUUAUGUGUUAAUUGUCUGUUUCACCAAUAAAUCUUCAGUCUGAGGACUUCUGGGGAAGCAGAUGAUACAUGGCUGUAGCUAAAGUAGUAGCACAGUUGAGCAUGAGUUGUGAUGUAAAAAUGGAUGUGAAUGUUCUUAAGUAUCUAGUUCUAAAAGCUAAGAUUAAAAAGAAUGUUUAAUAAAAAGCUUCAAUUUCCACAUCCUA